AUGGACACUCCGGAUGGGUCUUGGGCUGCGGUUUUGGCCACACAAGGCACCCUUCGGACGAAUCCGUUCAAUCGCUCAUGUUCGCUCGUGUACGCUCGGCCAUACCCGUUCGGCCAAAUCCGUUCUACCAAACCUAUUAAGAAGCUCUCGGAGAUUGUGAGUGCUCUUCUUACGGAUAUCAAACAAUAUAGACUUUUGAUUGGAAUACUCCAGUAUUUGACAAUUACUCGUCUGGAUAUAUGUUUCGCUGUGGCUAAAUUGGCUCAAUACUCUUCAGCACCACGAAAGUUUCACCUUCAGGCUGUUCACAAGAUCUUGCGUUAUCUGAAAGGUACGAUUGGUCAAAGUCUCUUUUAUGGUACAAAUGAUGAUUUCUCUGUUCGUGGUUUUACUGAUGCUGAUUGGGGAGCUUGUCCUGACAGUCAAAGAUCAGUAAGUGGUUUUGCAAUCUUUAUUGGUCAGUCUUUGGUUUCGUGGAGAUCAAAGAAGCAACAUAUGGUUUCUUUGAGUUCUGCAGAAUCUGAGUAUAGAGCUAUGAGUAUAGCUACGAAGGAACUCAUUUGGUUCACCUAUAUUCUGAAGGCAUUAAGAGUUCCUUUUACUCUUUCUAUCUAUCUUUAUUGUGCUAACACCGCUGCUCUGCAUAUUGCUGGGAAUUCGGUGUAUCAUGAGAGGACGAAACAUAUCGAGUUCGAUUGCCACAAGGUCCGUGAAGUUAUUGAAGAUGGCAUUGUCAAGACAAUGUUUGUUCGGACAGAUAAUCAAUUAGCCGAUGUACUAACCAAAGCGCUUCAUCCAGCUCCUUUCCAGGCUAAUAUGCGCAAGAUGGGAGUUCUCAACAUCUACUCGCCUCCAUCUUGA